AUGUUGUUGUCAUCUAACAUCGUCAGAAAUCGACAAAACAAAACAACCGAGUUAGUGAAAAGCGAAUCAAAUGCGAAAAGGAAAGACAAAGAAAGAACCGCAACCAAAAAGAUUACCAAACGAAAUACUAAAAUCAAACAACUCAGAAAAAGAAAACCGUCUACCACUGAAACCGAAUCCGACUCAUCGCUAGAUCUCCACUUGCAAGAUGAUGAUGAUGAUGUGGACGAUGAAGACAGUUGUUGCGUAGGGUGUGGUGAACUGUGCAGUUGCACGAAAAUGGACGUGGACUGGAUCAAAAGUAUUAGCUGUCAACGAUGGCUGUACGAAGACUGUCCAAAAUACGAAUCCACGUGA